AUGAAUUCACCACAAUUAACUUCCGAUUUACAUUCGGAAGUGGAACAAUAUGCUUAUACUCCUAGUUACUUGGAUCCUAACAGAAUAAGAUCGCGGCGAAAUACUUUUACUUAUGGUGAUUUCUCUCCUUGCCCUUCCCCUACUGUUGGCUCUAGUUCUGUUGAUGCUCAUAGCGAACUCGUUCCUUAUUCAAAAGAAUGGACUGUUAUUUUCGUACAUAAUGGUCAGUCUACUCCAUUCGUACAACCUUCAGAUUCAACACAAUCUUCUUCUUCCUCCUUUUUGGAUCCUAUUAUCGAAAAUAUUUCAUCCCUUUCUGAAAGCUCCUUUAAUCAAGGAUAUUAUGAAAGGUUUUUUAUUGAAGAAAGGAAAUUGGAAGAAUUCAUUGAUGUUCAACCAACCACUUUUUCCAUGCAAAAAGAUUCUAAUGAACAUCUUACACCAAAAGAACGUUUACUUCGUGCGAGACGAAUGUUUUAUACUGGCCAUCUAAGUGAACAGCCAACACUCAACUCUCCUUUACCUUCAAAACGACAUUUGAACCUUCGUGAAAUUUGUUCAUUAUUUAUGGACAUUUGUGAAGGUUUAGAUCAUUUACAUAAACAGGUUACUCCCAUAUUAGAUAAUGACAUAAGAUCUUCAAAUUCUUCACAUGCAAGUAGUUCACAUAUGGAAUCCGAAAAACUUUCACGAAUUCCAUCAAAUACUAGUACAGUUACAACAAAUCCUGGUAAAGUACAUUUAUUUAAACUCUCCAAUUUUUUUUUUCCUCGUUAUAUUUUAACGUAUCCAAUUUCAAUGUCAGAAACAUCAGAAUCUACCGAUGAAAAUGAAAUAAAUGAAUCAGAAUUAAGAAGACGAAGAAUAAAUAUUGAAACUACUGAUGGGAUAUCAACAACUCCAAAUUUUAUUAAUACCACCGUUGAAUCUGAUUUUGUUGUUGAACAGGUACCUUGUAAAGUUUGUUAA